AUGCCAAAGCUCAUCAUGGGAACCAGCGGCACGUUCAAAGAGCAGCAUAUGAUACGAGACGUGGUCGAUUCACUCGUGCCGACCCAGUCAUUGAUUGAUCGACUCGUUGAACACAGCGACAGGACAAUCUCAAAGCCGUAUAUCGACGCGGUCGAUUUUAAAGUUAACGCACCAAGCUACCAUCUUGAUGUAGCUCGCGCGCGUCAUUACCAUGGCUAA